CGCGCGACCAAUUGGUGGCUGCCCACCGGCCAGGUGCUCCGCACCGGUACCAGGCAUCAGUGGUGCUCCACCGUCGGGCGAACGAGUGUAGGCGCACGAACCUGCAGCUGCCCGCACCGCACCAGGGCACACAAACAAAAAGCCUUGGGCAGCGGACAGCUCCAGACCACUCGUAAGCGGCCAGGAUGCUCCACCGCACGCUGCGCCACGACUUCGCCGAGUCGGAAGGACUGGUAGACAACUCGCGGAACUUGGAUCCGAUCGUCAGGCGGGAACAGCGCCAGAAGGCCGCGGAGCUAUGUAGGACGACGUGGGCGAAGCUCCAAAAAGCAAGGGAGCAGGCCAUGUUAAAGUCGGGGCACACGAGCAACUUCGGCCUCAACUCCGGCGAGUUAUUAGUAUUAGCAGCAGAAUGCUGCGCGAAGAACGGGCUCUUUGAUGAUGCUAGAGACUGCGCCGAGGAAUUUUUUGUGGACGACUGCGCGACUUCUCAAGGGUCCCAGGAUCAGUUUUUGUGUCGCGCGAAGUUCGUGCAGGCCCAGGUCGAGUGUAACAAUGCGAAACCUCUACAAGGCGCCGACGGCGUCAGAAGGAGGCGCCUCGCGUGGGGUUAUGUGUUAGAUGCAUUGAAAAUUGCCACCGACGAGUUAAACAGACCGAGGUACGACUUUCUGGUCUACAAUGCUGCUGUUGUAUUAUGGGACAUUAUUUAUCCUCUACUAAGGGACGGCGCGGCGCGCUACGCCGUCAUGCCGCUGCAGACUUUAUGUGAUGCGUUGGAGGAGGUCGACGACCAAAAGGAUCUGGACUUAAGAGUAAGGUAUCAAAGAGCAUUGGGGCUGUGCUACGACGACGCCGAGGAGGCAUCCCUCGCGGGGCAGUGCCUCACGAAGGCGAAGGAACUCGCGCAACGACGAUGUACGAUAGCCCAGGAGGAAGUCGACGCGUCGACCACUUCGUUAGAAGAGGCCUCCCAAGCUCUAGAAGCGGCUAAAAAUGAGAGACUCGCGCUGGACAACGAGGACGAGGACGAAGUAGUGGUAGAGGACGCGCCCGCGCCCGCGCCCGCGCCGGGCGACGUCCCGGAGGACGACGCGACGACGGCGACGGAGGCCACCCUAGAUACGGCGCAGCGCGACAGUAUGGCCGAGUACGAAGCGCGCGAGAAGCGCAAGUCCGACCUCGAGGACGCGCGCAAGGCGAAGCGCGAGAACGCGCUCGCGAAAGCCGACGCCGCGGUCCUCAGAGCGGAACAAGCGCGGAGCGACGCCGAGGUGCGCCAGACCAAAGCCAUGGAAGUGACGAAGGUCGAGCGGACGAAAUUGGAGGACGUGUUAGUGCACUGCGUUCACGUGGGGGUCGACGUGAAGUCGGACGUCGACGGUGACAUGCGCGCGAAAUCAUUGGUGGACAUUCAGGGCGUGAAGUCGGCUCUAGGCACGGCGUCGCCCAAAGAUUCGUUGGCAUCGUUGGUCACAAUCCUAGGCGAGCUCGGCGUCGAGGCUCCUGGUAGUACACCUGUACCUUCGGACAACGAGGAGGAGGAAGAACCAGAAAAGGCCACUUUGGCCACGGAAGCCGCCGAGGGCGUCGCCGACGCCGGCCGCUGCGCGUUGCGCGUCGCGGACUUUAGCGACGAGGGCGCCGACUUCUCGAAGAGCGAAUGCGUAGCCUUGGCGCGCCGAUGCGCGUUACGAGCAGGCCACGCCAAGGACGCGCCGCCCCACGCGCGCAUGAAGCUGGAUUUGCUCAAAUGUUUAUUGACAGCUAGAGAACUCGACGACCAGGCGUGCGUACCUCUAGCUUCCGUGAAAUCUGGCGGCGAGAAGCGCAAACCUCUCAAGGAGGACGCCACAGCCGCGCAGAGGGAAGCCGCGGAGGCCGCGGAUCGCAAGCUCGAAGCUGCGAGAAGGGAGAAGCUGCGCGGGAGAGAAGUGGAUGCGGCGAGACUAGCGAGAAGGGUCGAGGCCCUGAAGCUCCUAGAUAGGACAUUGUUAGCUGCAAAAAGACUGGAUGCGGCAGACGUCAUCGAAGAGGGCUGCGUCGCCGCGUGGAACAUCGGGCUGCCGCUGCUGGAACCGCAUCUACGAAAGCACGUGCACCGCACGUUCUCGCUGGCUUCGUCCCUACUCGAAACGUACCAGUCUCCAUUAGUUGAACUAAGGUCGAAGCUCCACUUCGAGGUGGCGCGCUGCGAAUUAGCCAUGGAUUACAUCGCCAAGGCCGCCGCGGAGGUCGAGAAGAGCCUGGGCACGGACUACGGCGCCAUCGACGACGAGCUGGUGCAGAAGAAGCUCCCGGAGGAGGCCUGGGAGGAGGGCGACCCGACCGAGGAAGCGGACGAGCCGGACGAGGUCCAGGUGGCCGACGCCGAUCCGUCGCGCGAAGCGCAUUAUCAACUGAGGCCUCUAGAUCGGUUCGUCGCGCCGCUCGGGCACCGCUUGGAGCUGAGGAGCAACAUCUACAAGGAGCCCGACACUAUUGAAGAUAAAGCUAUGUUACUGAUGGACCACGCGUUGGAUGCGCACGACCCUAGACUACAGAGGAGGAUGCUCAGCCAGGUCGCCGACCUGCUGCUGAGCGCCGAGGAUUCGUCUACGGAACCGCCUCCCCCCGUCGUAGGCUGGGCCGCCGCCUUCGCGGAGCUCGCGAACGACUCUAGUGAGAUGGUAGAUGUCGAGGGCGAGGAGGUCCCGGGACCGGCCUGGGGCGCGCCGAGGAGCGCCUUGUCAUACGCGUCCGCCGAGGCCGACGGUUCGACGGAAGAGCCUUCACAAACACCGGGUGAGAACAAGAUGAAAAGGGCUGCCUUGUGGGCGCAGCUCCUACAAAUCGCGUGGGAGAAGCAUCGCGCCACCUCUCGCGAGUUAUGUCAGCAGGCUGCUGCGUUGGUUUUGAGGGACGCCUGGCCCCUGGACACGCAUCGGUUGUACGUCAUCCAGCAGGUCGAGGCCCAAUACGCGUUAGCUGAGAGCUACGUUGAUGAGCUCACAGAAGUGGCUACAGCGACGGCGCGCCACGCGGCAGAUGAUAAAACAGCGCAAGCGCCGCCGGCGUGGCUCGCGCUUGGUGUAGAUGCCAACAAAGUGGACGCUCUCAAAACUGACGAAGACGAGGAGGACGACGAGGACGACGAUGAUGAAGAGGAGGACGAGGACGAGGACGACGCCCCCGUAAAAAAGAAGGUAUCCGUCGUGCACCGAGAGGCGCCGCAAAGAUUAAACGCGUUGAAGCGAUUGGUGCUGGGUGCGCUGAUCGGUGGCAUCAAGCGCGCGGAGCGGCUGGGUAUUGAUUCUUUGUGUCGGAACGGUGUCGCGCGAUUGUGGAACCUGCACAUGCACAUCCUCCAAUCGAAGCAGUACGACUGUCUACUCGAGGAGGUCGUCGGCGCGCUGGAGCAGGGUCGGGAGGUCCUGGAGCGUAUUGGUAGUAAGGAUGCGCUGCUCGGCGCGCAGCUUUCCGAACUCAUCGCGCGGUGCUAUGUACAACAAGGGAAGAAGGACCCCGCUGCUUCUUUAUGCGCCCAAGCGGCGUCGGCCUACGGUCUGGAAUCACCCUUGAUCGUCAAGAAUUUGGUCGAGCUCCAUGCUUUGCUCAAGGACGCGGCGCCUUCACCACCGUCGCAAGGCGCGCCUUCGUCGCCUAGAGCAAACACGGAGAGGAUUGAGCGUACUGGUGUGGAUGAUUUAGCCUUAACUGCGGAAAGGGCGGCCUGCUUCUUUGAUGUGCUAACGCGCCUCGAGAAGUUAAGUCGACUCGCGAAGGGUGAUGAUGUAACGGGCCUGGGCGGGGCCCGCGAAUUGCUCGAAGAAUCUUUAAAGAAGGACGCCAAGGCCGCUGCUACGAGAAGGAGCGCCGCGGACAAGGCGAGAAAGGCCGCGGAACGGCAGGCCUGCCCUCCCUCAGACCACGACCUGUGUCGGUUGGCCCUGGGCGACGCUUCUCGGGAGCAGGACGCCGACGCGUUGAUACUCAGAGUAGAAUUAUUCGCGCGCAUCGCGGAGCAAGCUUUAAGACUUGAUCAUACCGAUGAGGUGCAUCGUAAUGUCGCAAAUGCCAUCGCGCUCCUCCCGCCGCCCCCGAGACCCGCCGCCACGAAAGAUGAUAUUAAAGCACACGACGAGUCCGAGUCACGGUGCGUCAAGGCAGAUGCUACACAAGAAACUCCUUUCGACGCAGCCAACACGCCGAGUAAAGCGUGGCGCUGGGGUUCCGUGGCGGAGCUGGCCCGGGGCGGUGCCAUCCAAGAACAGGUGGCGCCGGGCCAGGACAAGUCCACCCAGGACAACCUGUAUGCUGCUGCAUUAUCUCAUUUCGUGCGCGCCGCGCGCCACGCCGUUGCUGCUCAAAGCUAUCCCGAAUUGGUGGUGCGGAGCGCGGAAGCGAUGUGGAACUGCUCGCUUCACUUAUCUGGUUCGAGUGUUUCUAGAAGGUUGGCGCGAUCGUCUCUUAGAUGUAUCUUGGCUUGUAUGAGGGAAUCGGGCAUCGUCACAGCGGCUUCGUUGCAGGUCGAGGCGAACCUCCUAGGCUUGCUCCUGGAGUGCUUCACGGACGACGGCCACUUCCAGGCGGGCCUAUCCUACGUCGAUCGAGCUUUGAAAGAUCUGAACGCGAGGGAGACAGGUGAGGACGACUCGAAGCCCGCAGAAAAAGUUUUGAGGAGGGUCAUGCUGGAAGGGAGAGUCAAGUUCCUGUCUCGGUUAGGAAGAAGCUCGGGCGCGGGCCUCAAAGUCGAGGGCGACGCCGCGGCCAAGGCCAACGUCUGGGCGACGCUGGCGCGGACGGCGGCGAACCCCGUGCAGCAACUAUCAGCCUAUCAAAAAUGUUUGGACUGUGUGAAUGGUCGAUUCGAACGGGUCGAAUACUUGGUAGAGCUGGCGGAGUGGCUCGUGGCGCAAAGAGCAUCAAAAAACGACGCUCAAACAUCAUUGGAGACUGCUGUCGAUUUGCUGCUGGAGGUCGAGGGAACUGCGCCCCCACUGUCACAUGGGACACAAACAGGAUCGCAGUACGGCUCCCACAUCUCCGGCACGACGACCCGAAAGACGACGACGCGCGCGUCACAGUCGAGUCGUCCGGGCACCGGCCACUCGCAGCGAUCAAAGACGUCGCGGAGCGGCACGAGCGUGCACUCCGGGUCCUCCGCUGGUGGUGUUAAUCGUAUGCCCGGCGCCCCGAAGCAUCUGGGCGCGACGCACUACGAGUUACUCGUAAGGGCGCUCGCGAUGCUCGGCGAGCUCGCCACAAAUUUCAACGAUCGAAGGAGGUACUUGUUAUUAGGAGCCCACUACGCCACUUCGUUAUAUAACCUCCAUGUCCGAAGCGCGAACUCCGUCGCGCACAAGGAACAUAAAGACGCGGCGCGGGCCGCGCGGAAGGCCGGCGAAGAGUAUGCAAUGCCGGAGGGGCCCAAGUUUUCUGGUGUCGAGUCGUUAUGUGAUUGGGCCUCUCUCGAGAUAUCAAGUGACCUCCUCGACCACUGCCGCCGGGCGCAGCACCAGAAGCGCCAAGCUAGAAACGUUUUGUCUCAAAAGACAUGCCACAAAGUGCCCCUCACGGCCCACCACCUCUGUGCUCUGAGUGACGGCCUGUGCGACCUGGGCUACACGGCCCAAGCGUUAGCACCCACCGUGUGUUUACAAUUAGUUGGUUACCUCGCGACGACCCACGAAUCAACACCGGCCUUGGCCGUGUUAGGUGGUUGUAGACGCGCUCGAUUGCUGCUGGAGUUGGGAGCCACACAAGCAGCUUUGAAGCAGCUCCGAGCGUUGGGUGGCCUGGGCUUAACAUCGAAGAACGAAGCCGAGGCCCCCGACGCGACCGACGUCGAAAGACUGCUCGAGCAGCGCAAGACGACGGAACCGGUCAAGAAGCCGGAGGCUACCGAGUGGAAAGUGAGAGGAUUGGAAACAAGACAUAUCUGGUGCGCCAUUGCCUCGGAAUGUGUAAGUCUAGAGCAGCCCGCGGCCGCCGCGACGUACCUAGCGGGCGCGUACAAGCACAACGACGCGUUCGACGAUCGGAAGGGGGCCGGGCGGUGUGCGGAAGUUGCCGCACACAUAGCGUAUCAAAAAGGCGAGUUCAAGGAAGCUGUGAUGCUGGUGAUGGCGGCGCAGCACGCCGUUGGGAAAACGGGCGACCUGAGGACCUGGACUAGGACUUGUUUACAUUGCGUCAAGUACCAUCUUUGUGAUGGUAAUAAGAAAGCGGCGAAGGCCUUGCUUGUGAAAAUAACGGCUUUGGUGCGCAGUGCCUGUACGAAAGAAGAUAGUCCGUUAGAUAGCACGGUCUGCUGGGCGCAGCUCGAGUUGUUACUAGCUCGGUUGGACGCGGCGGAAGCCCACGAGAAGCAGGAAGCGUCGAAGGACGCCGUUGCGAGAAUACACCGCGUCUUGCAUGCCUUCGACGGUGUAUCUGGAGGUGCGGAGCCGCACCCGCUCUAUCUCGACGCAAUUGGUUUCUUAGCGAGAUUGCAGAGUGGAGAUGAAGCUCUAGAGACCAUGGAGCGCGGCUUGAAGGGCGCGUCCCAACUCUACGCGGCGAGCUGGCCGUCAAAUGAUACGCAGACGUCUCGGUUGAUAUCGCCGCCGAUCGCCCGUCGCUGUGCUUCAUUAUCCGUCGCUGUAGCAAGGGCGCGUCUCGAGCUCGCCAAAGCUAAGGGCGAGCACCUCUCGCAGACGCUGGCCGCGGCGCAAGUCGCGUCGAGCGGGGGCUCCUGCGUCGACACGUGGCUGGCCGAGACGAAGACGCCCGACGCGAGCGAGGCCGCGGAUCGGUUGGAAGCGCCGCAGCUGGAGCGGGCCGUCGCUUUAGCGUGUGGCGCUGCUGAGUUAUGUGGAAGGAGCUGUCCUAGUGGUGGUGUCGCGUCUCUUGCAGUACUCGGCGAGGCCUUCGCCUUACGCGCCGGGUUCCUGGGGCGCUUCGACGAGGCCUGGGACGACGCCCACGUCGGUUUGCCCAUUGUCAUUGAAAAGGAAGUCGUCGAGGGCGAGGAGGUGGACGAGGAGGCGCCGAAGGAAACAAAACACGGCGACUACGUCGCCGCGCCCAUUGCCACGACGCCGCAGCUGCCCUGCUUCAAGGAGGCGGUCUCUUCCAACGCUAGUGGUGCUUUGACGGAGCUCGACGAAGCGCACGCCGUCGACGGCGCUCGUAGUGACCUCGAGGCGAACGACGCGGCCGACGCCGAGAUCGCGGCCGCGGUCGCGCAGGCCCGGGCCGACGUGGCUGGAACUGAGCCGGCGGAACCUUCAACACCGGACGCCGCGGCCGAGGCCGCGCGCCGGGCGGGCAUCGCGGCACUAUCAAAUGCCGUCGCGUUCGGUCUGAAGCGGGGUCGCUUCGACGACGUCGGGCGGGCGAGCUGCGCGCUGGCGGAGACGUACGGCGUGGCGCGACCCCUAGAUUGUGCGUGCGCGUUAUUGCUCUCGCAGUCGUGCACGUCGCGACGGUUCCUGGCCGGCGUCUACCGCAAGGCGCUGGGGAGACGGGGUGUGAGCCGCCAGGCGGGCCUCGCGCGGUUGCUCGCACGGUGCGGCGGGCUCUGGGGCUGCGGCGCGGACCAGGGCAGCGACGACGGCGGGUUCGGGCUGGGCGCCUGCGACGACGCGCUGGGAGGCGGCGACCUGGAACUGGCGCCGUCGACGGCGCCGGGCGCGGCCUGCGACGCGGGGCGCGCCUGCGGCGUCGUGCCCUGGCUGAACGGCGGAGCGCUCGUCGCUGGUGCACCGCCUUCAUUGAUCCUGGCGCGGCCCCACGAGUACCCGGCGGCGGCGGCGGCGCGGCGCCACCUCGCGGCGCAGAGCGGCGCGUGGCGGCGCCUGGAUCUCGGGAGCCAGCCGUCCGUGCACGAGUGCCUCGUAAGUUGCGGCGCGCAGCCUCUCUACGUGCUCUCGAUCACGCUUUCGCCCGACAAAGACGUGCUGUACGCGGCUUUGGUUCGAUGCGGCGACGGCGGGCCCGCGGAGGCGCGGGCCGCCGUGUCGCGCGUGCAGCUGACGACCGAGGCGCAGUCCGAGCUCGACGACCUGACGAAGGCGACGGCGCAGUGGCGCAAGACCGCCGAGCGGCAGUUGAUGCGCUACGCCGACGACGCGGGCCCCGAGGGCGACUUCGUGGGAGGCGCGACGCCGGGCGACGAGGAGAACGCCGAGCCGAAUACUGAUGAAAACAAAGACGCGCUCGACACGGACAUGGAGUCCUUCUUGGCACGGACGCAGAAAUGGCUCGCGCCGCUCUUCGCGACGCGCCAGAUGAGCGGGGCAUUAAGAGCAUUACAGGGCGAGCCGGCGGGGCUGGUGUUGCUGCUGGAUCCUAUUCUCCAUUCAUUACCGGUCGAGGCGUGCAAGGAGAUCCGGGACACGCACCUCGGCGUGGCGCGCGACUUCUCGAUACACGCGUUAUUCGGAAGGCGCGCCGACGCCGCCGUCUGCGAGGCCGGGGACACGGCUUUUGUGGUGGACCCGCGGCGCGAGGAUACGGGCUCGUCUUGCACGGACAAGCCGCGGCCGACGGUGCUGGAGAACUUCGCGCGCUAUCGCGAGAACCCGAAACACAUGGGGGGCUACAGCGAAGGCGUCGCCGGGGAUGAUCAUAUUGCCAAGGACGACGAGGUCCAGGAGCUGUUGCAAUCUCGAAAAUCGGGAGGCUACGUCUUCUACGGUCCUGGUAGGGCGGGCCCGCCGGCAGCCACGCUCGCGACGCUGUCGUGCGAGGGCGUACGCAUGGCGCUGAUCGUCGAUCGGGCCGAUUCGGAUUUGACCCAGCGGCGGCGGUCGAAGCAGGCUUCGGCCAAGACAAAGACCGACUUUUUACUCGAGGGACCGCUCGAGACCGCUGCCCUGUAUUGUUUAGCUGGAGCGGGCUCAGUCUUGAUGAACCAGUGGGCCACCUCGUUCCACGCGAAUCGGUUGUUGCUCGACGAGGUCCUGGCCGGUAUCGGCGAGGGCGGCCUGACAAUCGCCGAGGCGCUCCAGCGCUUCGGCGCGGCGGACGCGCUGCCGGGCGAGGAGGUCGACGAGGAGGCGCCGAAGCGGUUGAAAUCGCGAGUCUCCCUCUGCCCCGCGCUGUACGGCUUGCCGACCAUCAAGAUGAAGUAAGUACUUCAGU